AUGUCCACCUCGUCGGACCCCAAGAAGACCAUUGCUGGUUUCUUCAAAGCAGACAUCAACUCCAGACACGCAGAGGUGCUCCUGUAUGCUUGCUGUCUGAGCUCUGGUCUUGUGGACAGCACGCUCUACAAUGCCUACAACACAUUCGUCUCAAUGCAAACGGGAAACACCAUUUUCGUCGGCCUGGGCGCCUCAAAUCAGAAUCUGAAGCCAUACGGCUGGGCCCGCUCUCUCACCUCGAUCGGAUGCUUCGUCAUCGGCUGCUUUCUCUUCGCCCGGCUGAACCGUCUUCUCGGACCGAAACGCAGAGGAACGUUGGUCCUCUCUUUCUUUCUACAGGUCGCUACUGUGCUGUGGCUGGUUGCUGGAUUAAAGCUGAUGAUUUCUGUUUCUUGGAUAUUCUGGAGAGAGAAGGAGGGGGAAAAUGUAGUAUAA